AUGGAAAAAUGGUGGUUCAAUUCUCGGUUACUUAAUAGGAAGUUCGAAUACAGGUGUGAAUUAAGUAAAUCAAUGGAGAGUCUUGGUCCUAUUGAGAAUACCAGUCUAAGCGAAGAACCCAAAAUUUUAACUGAUAUAGAUAAAAAAAUUCAGAGGUGGGAUGAUCGUAAUAAUUCUAGUUAUAAUUCUUUUGAUUAUUUAGUAGGUGCUGAUAACAUACAGGAUUUCCUAUCCGAUAAAACUUUUUUAGUUAGGGAUAAUAAGAGGAACAGUUAUUCCAUAUAUUUAGAUAUUGAAAAGAAAACUUUGGAGAUUAACAACAAUCAUUCUUUUCUAAGUGAACAAGAAAAUUUUUUUUCUAGCUAUCUGAAUACUGUUAUUAAGAGUGAUUACGAUCAUUCCAUGUAUGAUACUCCUUUUAGUUGGAACAAUUAUAUUAAUAGUUGCAUUGAUAGUUAUUUUCAUUCUCAAAUCUGUGUUGAUAGUUGCAUUUUGGUUGAUAUAGACAAAUACAAUGACAGUUCUUUUUAUAGCUACUUUUUUGGUAAGGGGAGAAAUGGUAGUGAAAGUGAGAAUUAUAGUUUUCAUUUAAUAACUAGUACGAAUGAUACAAAUGAUAGUGAGUCCACUCUAGGAGAAAAUUAUAAGAAUCUCCAUGAAAGUGAAAAAUUGACGCAUUUGUGGAUUGAAUGCGAAAAUUGUUAUGAAUUAAAUUAUAAAAAAUUUUGGAAAUCAAAAAGGAAUAUUUGUGAAUACUGUGGAUAUCAUUUGAAAAUGGACAGUUCAGAUAGAAUCGAAUUUUCGAUUGAUUCGGGUACUUGGAAUCCUAUGGAUGAAGACAUGGUUUCUCUGGAUCUCAUUGAAUUUCAUUCAGAAGAAGAACCUUAUAAAGAUCGUAUUGAUUCUUAUCAAAGAAAAACAGGAUUAACUGAGGCUGUUCAAACAGGGACAGGUCAAGUAAAUGGUAUUCCUGUAGCAAUUGGUAUUAUGGAUUUUAAGUUUAUGGGAGGUAGCAUGGGAUCCGUAGUAGGUGAGAAAAUCACCCGUUUGGUAGAAUAUGCUACUAAUCAACUUUUACCUCUUAUUCUCGUAUGUUCGUCCGGAGGAGCGCGUAUGCAAGAAGGAAGUUUGAGCUUGAUGCAAAUGGCUAAAAUUUCUUCUGCUUUAUAUUAUUAUCAAACAAUUCAAAAAUUAUUCUAUGUAUCGAUACUUACAUCUCCUACUACGGGUGGGGUGACAGCUAGUUUUGGCAUGUUGGGGGAUAUCAUUAUUGGCGAACCAAACGCUUAUAUUGCAUUUGCUGGUAAAAGAGUAAUUGAACAAACAUUGAAUAAGACAGUGCCCGAAGAUUCACAAGUAGCUGAAUCUUUAUUCAAUAAGGGUUUAAUUGAUUCAAUCGUACCGCGUAAUCUUUUAAAGGGAGUUGUAACUGAGUUAUUGCAAUUCCAUAAUUUCUUUUCUUUGACUAAAAAGGAAAGAAAUUAUGGAAUUGAAAUACAAAAUCAAAACAUACAGGAUCAAAGUAAUAAAAUAAAAGAAUAA